AUCUCCAACAUUCUGUCCAACCAGCCCACCCUGGCCUACGCCAUGGAAGCCUCCUUCAUGUUCCUGUCCACCACGGUCACGCUCUGCCUGCUCUUCGUACCGAAGGUGAGCUUCAUAUUAGCAACACUUUCGCGCUGGGCCAACUUUCCACAUUUGCAAUUGGUAUAUGUAAGAAUGUUACUUGAUAGAAAUGACUUAAGUUCGAGUAUUAUUGUGUCACAUUUUUGGGGCAAAAUCUUUUAUGAGAAAAAAAUACUACAGAUUGCGAUGAAUGUCAUAAUAUAUUGUAAAGCUUGUAGUCAAAAGAGAAAGAAACAACAGGAUUUUACUAGGUUAUAAGCUGAUUAACAUAGGCUAGAAUUGUUAGCAUCCACCCGUCAACGUGAGACGAUGGUGUAGCUUCUGUAGUAUUGGCACUUCCUCGAAUGACUUAUAAGGCUGAUCCCGAAGUGACUUAUGAGACUGAUCCUAAUGUGAUUUAUGAGACUGAUCCUGAAAUGACUUAUGAAGCCGAUCCUGAAGUGGCUUAUGAAUCUGAUCCUGAAGUGACUUAUGAAGCUGAUCCUGAAGUGACUUAUAAAUCUGAUCCUGAAGUUACUUAUGAAUCUGAUCCUAAUGUGACUUAUGAAGCUGAUCCUGAAGUGACUUAUGAAUCUGAUCCUAAUGUGACUUAUGAAGCUGAUCCUGAAGUUACUUAUGAAGAUGAUCCUGAUUAAGAGGCUGAUCCUGAAGUGACUUAUGAGACUGAUCCUGAAGUGACUUAUGAGACCGAUCCUAAAGUGACUUAUGAAGCUGAUUCUGAAGUGACUUAUGAGGCGGGUGCUGAAGGGGCGUCACGGUCAGCAGGUGAACCUUGACUCGUUAUUACCUUGGACUUUUCCGUCUUGCUCUUUUUGCCACAUGGGCUCCGUUUCGUUUGGCGCAUCUCCUUGCCUGUGGUAUUACUCCAUUCACUGCUGCUCGUCAACUGGAACAGUGAUCGGAGAUAUUCUCCUGUUGGUGAAUGUCGAUGUUGGCUUCCCACGCGUUUCUAUUUCAUUCUUGUGUGUGCUAUCAAAAAAUAUGAUUAAAGGAGACAUGGGCAUAAAAAUCGAACAAAGCCUAAAAAAUUUUGAGAUAACACUUGAGGUUCACAAAACUAUGAUAUUUAUAAUAGGUGUGUGUUCUGUGCAAAUUUUUUUUCUAAUGAAAUCACGUUCUGUCCUUUAUAAUACGUCCCUAUUCAAAACAAUGUCUAUAUAAAAAGCAAUGUCCACUUAACCACAACUCCCUAUUCAUAAUUAAACACCACGUCCCUAUCAAACACCACGUCCCUAUCAAACACCACGUCCCUAUCAAACACCCCGUCCCUAUCAAACACCACGUCCCUAUCAAACACCACGUCCCUAUCAAACACCACGUCCCUAUCAAACACCACGUCCCUAUCAAACACCACGUCCCUAUCAAACACCACGUCCCUAUCAAACACCACGUCCCUAUCAAACACCACGUCCCUAUCAAACACCACGUCCCUAUCAAACACCACGUCCCUAUCAAACACCACGUCCCUAUCAAACACCACGCCCCUAUCAAACACCACGUCCCUAUCAAACACCACGCCCCUAUCAAACACCACGUCACUAUCAAACACCACGUCACUAUUAAACACCACGUCCCUAUUAAACACCACGUCCCUAUCAAACACCACGUCCCUAUCAAACACCACGCCCCUAUCAAACACCCCGUCCCUAUCAAACACCACGUCUCUAUCAAACACCACUUCCCUAUCAAACACCACGUCCCUAUCAAACACCACGUCCCUGUCAAACACAGUGACCUGCAAGCACCAUCGCUCGCCUCGCAUCAACCGAUGACUAAAUAAGGACAACGUCUCUGACACCACAUUCAGUAGCUCUACGAUCUCCUUCUCCAAUGACCAAGAAAUGGAUCCAUCAAGUUCAACGCUUCUCAAAAUAUUCUACUCAUGGCAACCCUCUGACCUUCAAAAUGGUUUCGAUUUUUUAAAUUCUAUUUUCACUGUUAUUGUUUCUCACUUUUACUUAACCUAACAAUUUAAAAUAACUUAUUACAGCCAUUUAAUUUCUUUUUUUUCUUCUCUUUUUGGGGGGGGGGGGGGGGAAUGGGGGGGGAGAGGGUUUGGGAAAGAUUUGUUAACAUUAUAGUUUGAUAUUUAAUAUUUUGAUUUUAUAUUUUUUAAAUAUAAUUUUUGAUAUUAUAUUUUGAUUUUUGAUAUUAUAUGUUGAUAUUGUAUUUUGUAUUUUGAUAUUGUAUUUUGAUAUUAUAUUUUGAUAUUAUAUUUUUUGUCUCAUUUUUGUUACCUUAUCAAUAUUGAGAGUUAACUCCUUUCUAUCAAGUCAUUUGUAUACGGAAAACGUUAAAAUAUUAUUUAUUUUUUAUUCUUGAAAAUUAAUUUCAAACGGGCUCAUCAUAAAAAAGAUCAUUGGCGUUGUUGCUUUCAUGGUUUUCAUUAUUAUUGUAAUAUUGAAAAUUGUCUCUACUGCUGAAGAAAAUAUUUCGUGCCGGAAUCGGUCUCAUCGGCCGUCUUCACGACGGCACACAAGGAUUGCCUAAUGGAAGUAGUCAAGGGCGUCCUCACCAAGGCGAUGGGAGAGUAAAAGACAUGACAUUGUCUUGUGACCAGUGGCGUAACUAGGGCUGGGGGAUGCCCCCCGGGUGGGUUAAUAUAUUUUUUUUGCCACCAGCUUCCAUGGAAAAAUAAAUCCUCUGCAAUCGACUGAAAAUGGCGCCUAUCAAAUAAAGGAGCAAAAAACAAACCGCCCCCCAACGUUAAAAAAAGGGGGUUGGGGUGGGAAGGGGCGCUCACUCCGCACUCCUCCUCCUACGCCUCCGGUUGUUGGUCCUUGUUGUUUUUGCUUUUUGCUGUUUUUUUUGUUUUGUUUUUCAGGUUGUAUUUUUGCUCAUAAAAAUCACCAUUUUGUUUGUUCCAUUUAAGGACAUCUUUAUUCAUUAAUCGCCACAGGCUAUAAAGCCCCAAUCCUAGAACCCCCCCGUGUUAGAUGGUUUAGACCUUGAAAAGGGAGACGGCGCGAUGGGGUGAGUGGCAGACAAGUGGAAAAGACCGCGUCAUAUUUGGCGAGUCCAUUGUUAGGGGAACGAGAUCGUCGGCUGGCGUCUAUGGAACCGCCGGCCAGCUUGGGAUUCGAUUCAGGUUUUCAUAUGAUUAAAACUGGCGCUGGAGUCAUCGGCUGGACAAAUAGAGGAGUGACAGACAUUGUCACCUGAUGGAGAUGAAAAUAUGAACUCGGCGGGAGGAACUAAUAUCAGUCUGUUUAGUGGUGUUUUUACCUCCCCCCCCCCUCUCUUUUUUUUCUUCUCCCCCGUUAUUGGCUUGAUUUUUUUAGUUCUACAAUAAAGUGAUCGCGCCUUUGGUCAAUGAGAAACGUUCAGAAAUUAAUAUUUUGUGUUGCCCAUUCAUCGUGUAAGAAAGUGACUGAAAGUUCGAAACAUAAUCAAAUAAUGGCUAGUUAUUAUGCCAUAGGGCCAGGGUCGUCGUAUUUCUGGACUUAUGCAAUGGGGUGCUUCACCUGGGGCCAGGUCCAUUUGGAAUAUUCUUCAGCGGUUCAUGAAUGCAGGGGUGGACUGGGGAGUUCAAGCGGCCCGGGGAAAAAAAAAACAACAAAAAGCGGGCCUAUCUUCAUGACGUUUAUUUUUAUUAUAUCACCGGUCCUAGCGGCCCAUCGGGAAUCUUCCCGGUGUCGCGGCGGCCCAGUCCACCCCUGCAUGAAUGUUUAAAUAAGAGUCGUGUACCACUGAAUACUCAGUGAAAACGGAAAUUUAGUAUUCAGGCCUGACGCAGGCUUUGGUCACACAUCAAAACCAAAUAAGUUUAAAACCUUUAUUUUAAUAUUCCCAGUGAGAAUGCGUUGGUAACAUUUACGAUAAGAAAUACGACUUAUAUUUUCGUUAGAGAAUGGUGGACCUAUAUAUGAGGGAGUUGUUUGGGGGGAGGGGGUCAGACUGAAGUCCAUUUAGGAGGAACAAAAUUAAUAUUUAAAAGAAUUUUACGUUAUAACUGCUACGGCAGAUGUUGGCUGGUUCAGAUAUGGAAAAAAAAAAGUAAAUAAAUAACGUGUCACAUUUUGUGGAAACCAGUAAUGAUGAUUGUCACAUUCCAAUGUUUAAUCGUGUCCUUUUCACAAUGACAUAAUGAAGUAUAUUUACACAUUUACAUAAUGGAGUAUAUUUACACAUUUUUUCUGUAUUUGAAUGACGAAGAUUUACGCCAUUGUGACGUCAGGUGGGAACCCUAUCAUCGCGUGCACUGGGAUAUUGGUGGACAACAGCAACACGAGACGCUUUGUAUUCGAUGACCGGAAGGAGAUUUACUACAGGGCGGAGGUGCAGAACAGGGUGUACAAGCGGGAGUUGGUUGAGGUGAGGUCAAUGAGUGUUUAGGUCAGGGACAAGACUGACACUUCCGCACUGCAAUGAGGCCCUGGUUGAGCUUUUAAACUUAAUGAGCAUAUGAAAUAUUUACACCCGUGGAAGGUGGCUGGGUUUAGGAUAAAACCCCGAUGAAGGUGGCUGGGUUAGGGUAAAGUCCCGCAGAAGAUUGAUGGGUUAGGAUAAAGACCCGUGGAAGGUCGCUGGGCUAGGAUAAAGCCCAGUGGAAGGUCGCUGGGUUAGAAUAAAGUGGCUUAUAAGGGACCAUUCAUAAAAUACGCCACGCUAUUUUUGAUAUUGUUUUACACCACCCCCCCCCCCUGUCCCAAUCUAUCACGUCCCCCCCAAAUCACCCCACCCCCAUGUACGUCACAAUUCCAAAAAAAAAAUGUUUUAAAAGUUAACAACUAAUUAAGAUUCAAUCUAAAAUACACUUUACUAUUAAAAUUAGAUACUUUUAAAUGACAAUGGGCGCCCGCACCAUUAGUCAAGGUUGGUUAUAAGAACAAAGAAUAGUAAAUAUAUUAACAUGUGCACUUUGUUAUUAGCCAGAUGUAAACAGAAUUGAACUUUAAAAAAAAAAAAAAAUAAAUAAUUUUACUUUGCUAUCUAGAAAAGUGACCAAUCGUUGAACGGCCCAGUUACUUCCGCCUGUUACAUGGACAUAUUUAAAAUAAAGUCGUCCCUCAUUUAUCGCGGCCAAUCAGUUCGAGACUCUAUACAUAGCGCGAUAAGUGAAUUCCCGUAAAGUGUGAACCUUUAUUUAUAAAUCGAAUAUUUGUUUAGUUAAAGCAUAGAAAACCUGUUCACAGACCUCCAAAUAUAGUCUUUAACAUCAUUAGACCCUCUGGGGAUACUCGAACAAACAGGCCUAUAGUACAUACGUAUAGUAAGUUUAAUUAUAAUUAUAAUACAUGGAAGUCUAAUUGACUCAGACAACCGAGCACGAGCUGUAUUCCUUUUAACUUUCUCCAUCAACUUUUUAAUGAAUACAUGUGAUAUUUGAAGGGGAAAAAAACCGCUAUAGAGUGAAGCCACGAAAGUCGAAGCGUGAAGUGGCGAGGGGACGACUGUACACUGCGUGAAAGCUAAAGUUGUGACUUCAAUAAUAUCUUACGAAUUUAAUUACACAACAGACACACACACACACACACACACACAAAAAUAGCACACAUGUUCCUACCUCAGCUUGAUCAGAAAAUAGAGCGUCUCGAGAGGCUGUUGGAGCUACCCAUUCAGAACCACACGAGGCUGACCGACGAACUCCUGUACCUGUUGCCCGAGUCCAAGGUGGAUGGGACCCCCAGGUGUCAUAGGCGGUACAAGACGGAGCUAGAGAGGUAAGGAGAACAUGUGAAGUGGUGAGACGGAAUGCGGCCAUGACAGUAAGGCUGCGACACCGACGACUUCACCACAAAAAAAAAAAAGGGGGGGGGGGGGGGGGUGAGUGGAGUCUAAGACGUCAUAGGGAUCUUGAAAAGGGAAGUUAUAAAGGGGGCACUUGUUAUGCUAGUGUUCAGAUGUUUCUUUUAAAAAAUAUUAUUAAUAACAUUUUGGACGAUUUUCUGGUGAUAGCAUCUUCUUCGUUCACUGCCUUAAAAAAAAGGACCUUGCAAAGACACGGGUUUAUCAUUGUUGGCAAAUAAUUAAUUCACUCAAUGUGAUGUCAAUAAUUUUUAAAACAGUAGGUCUACUGUUUACUGACCAUCGUCUUCACAAAUAUUUUGUACUUCCCAGUGUCAUGUGUUAAGAGACGGUAAUUGAUUAUGGGGGAAAUGGGGAGGGGCCUAUUUAAAAAAAAAGAUUUUUCAAUUAAUAUUAUAUUUAGGAGAGUUUGUUGAAAGAAUGUCACCAAAUUAACCAACGUUUAAAACCCGUCAUUUCACAACGAAGCUACCAAACCAUUUAUUCUCAGAAUCAGACACAUGGUCACACCGCUCUUCAAGGUGCUCAGAUCUACGUAAAUAGUUAUUCAUAAGUCUUUAUGUUCAUUUUAAUUAGACAAUGUAUGAAUCAUGCAUUCGUUUCGCUUCCGCCCCCCCCCCAACCUCAAUAAAAACAAAACCCUUUCAUUAUCUCCGUUUCAGAUGUCACUCGAUAUCAGAUGGUGGCGAGGGCGUCAUCUACGACGCCACCGAGAACGACGACAUCCUGAUGGAGAUGGGAUUCACAGCCGACUUCCGUCCAACGCCACCUGCCAAAAAGCGCCACCACUCGGGUGACUUGUCCAGGGUUGGGACGAAAACGCUCCAGAAACUGACCCGUAGCUUAAGCAUUGGCGGCGGGGGUCGGGCAAGGAGGAAGAGGAAGUGCCGAGAUCCGAGCAAAGCUCUCACCCCGUUCUCGGCAUCUGAAAUAAACGUGAUGAAAUGCGGGGAUUCUGGGGAUGGACCAGGUAUAGGGAAACUGCGAACAGGGAAGCAGAAGUCGGGAAGGUAUUCAGAAGACUUAUCGUAUUUAUACAGCGAUACUCUGUUGAACAUUCCGGUGAAUUGUGGGCACAGCUCAUCAUCGGUCCCCAUGCUGGACAAAGUGACGCAGACCAACGGUGGCGCAUCUCUUCAAGAGCUCGAGGGUGUAAGUGUUGAUUUCGGGAGCCGCUUGUCGUCUGCGAAAAGAGAUGAGGUCGCAGGUCAUGCAAACGAUGCGUGCUACGAACUUCUACCGGAAGCCAGAGAUCGUGAACGGGGAAAAGAAAGAUCGGGACCAGAAGAAGAUUCACAUGGCAGCGGGAAGCCGGGCUGUCACUUACAUCUGAUUAACUCCAAACAGGGACAGCUGUUUGCCGUGCAGCGGCUCCACAUUGAGCUGGUAGAAGAAGACAGCAACAGCACGAGCAACAACGAAGACGCCGAAAGUCUUGCCGGCUCGGCUAACGGCAGCGGCGAUGUGAACAAUAUAACUUCGGAUGUUUCCGGAGAUUUAUGCGCACACCAACGAAAAUCAACGACUCGACCUCUGCACAGAACAGCCGCCGUUUGUAACAGUGAGCCUGUGACGUGGUACGAAAGAAACCACCGUCUGUCGUCUUCGCCUUGCCACAAGCGCAGCUCACCCCACACUUACCUCCAACCGUAUGAAGAAUUCGAUGUUAUGCAAGGGCGUUCUAGAAGCAUCAGCACACCGGAUCAACCAAAAGCGACGCGUUCGGAGCAAACAGUCGCCCCCUCACCUGAAACGCCCACGGGUCUGUUACCAACAACGACUUCAUUUCCCCUCCAUUAUUCUAACCCUUCGUGCCUCUGUAAAGAAUUUGUUCAUUUUAUCCAAGCUGAGACAAGAGCUCAGCCUCCGCCUGAUGAUUAUCUCCGCUACAAUCUCCUCACAACGUCCCCCAGAAGGUCGCCCGUUAGUGUGCGUGUCGCCCAAUCUAAAUUACAGGAAGAUAACCCGAAAAAAUCAAAUGGUACUGAACUCUGCACAUUAUCUGGCCUUUUAUCGUCGACAAAGUCGUUAUGUUCAAACGUGAGUUUAGUGUCCUCGCAAUCGCCUGAGCACGGUUGUCUGUUGAUACACAAAUCUGGCUGCCCUCUUGCGGGAAACACUUUACAAACCGCACAAAACCAAUCUUUAGAAUGGGAGCCACAUUUUUCGUCGCUAAUAGAGUCUAAUUCUGUAGAUUCUCAAGAAAUCGACACGGAUGCAGCACGGGUAAUGUCCUCGACCCUUCAUACCCCAAUCCGAAUGUCAGGGGUUGAAGUUCAGAGGUCGGUGUUAGAAUCUGAACGAAGGCAGAGGAUACACAAACUUCAAACAGAUUUAAAGAAAAUUCAGAUGGAGCUAAAAGAUCUCACUGACAUAGAUUGUGAUACAUCAGAGGUCUGACAUAGGCUUGUCUUUAUUGUAACAAAGUGUUGCUUCUUUCCCAUGUAAGAAAUGGUUACCGGAAAUUUGUUUGAAAGAAAUUUCGUCGACUGAAAAUUGAUCUACGGAAAUCUGAUCCUUCAACUUCAAAAAGAAAUUUGAAGCAAAAUUAGAUCGUGUGAAGUGAACAAAGAAUUUGACCAAAUUUCCGUUCAAUCAAAUUUCCGUAGAUCAAUUUUCCGUCGACGAAAUCUCUUUCAAACAAAUUUCCCAAUAGGCCUACAAUAAGAAAUGCUAAAGCAGAUUUUAAAGUACAGAUUAAAAAAAUUAUAUUUGGAGAUAUAGCCUAUAAACGUGAACGGUAGCCUAUACUAUAUAAUAUCGAAGUCACAUUUAAGUGUAUCGUGUCACAGUGAUACUUCAAAGAAAUCUUGUCGGCUACUGCAUGUAGGGCCCUAAUGAAAUAAGGUGCAUUUUUGUUAUUUACGCCCUCCACCACCCCAAAUCCACCUUGUUCAUCUCGUUAACAUUUAGGGUCGUCCGUACUAACUUCACACAUUGUAACAGGCUGAAUUUAACCCUCCACACAGUUAAGUGAUACUUGCAAAAUGAAUGGUGUAAAGUUUAAUUUUUUUUUUUUGUAUUUACUCAAGAGAAAAAGCUCUUUUUAGAAGUGUUUUAGUUUUUAUUUAUUGGCGGCAGGG